GUUGUUUAAUGUCCACAAAGAUUCAACAUACGAUGAGUGCCUGGUGCCGCCUGAAAGUGAAAUUGUGUACCCAUUGGACAUGGGCAUCGUGGGUCAUGUGGCAACCAGCAAGAAGAUGGUCAACGUUCCUGAUGUGACACAGAGUUCACAUUUCAGUAACUUUGUCGACGAGCUGACGGAGUACCGGACCAAGAACGUCCUGGCCGUCCCCAUCCUGAACGGUAAGGACAUGGUGGCCGUGAUGAUGGCCAUCAACAAGCUGGACGGGGCGUGCUUCACUGCCAAGGAUGAAGAGACCCUCAACAAAUACCUGAACUUUGGCAACCUGCUGCUGAGAGUUUUCCACCUGAGCUACCUGCACAACUGUGAGACCAGAAGAGGACAAGUGCUGCUGUGGUCCGCCAGCAAAGUGUUCGAGGAGCUGACGGACAUAGAGAGGCAGUUCCACAAGGCUCUGUACACGGUCCGGGCUUUUCUCAACUGUGACCGCUACUCUGUGGGGCUGCUGGACAUGACCAAGACCAAAGAGUUCUUUGACAUGUGGCCCGUCUUGAUGGGAGAAGUUCCUCCGUAUGAUGGAGCCAAGACUCCUGACGGCAGGGAAAUUAUCUUCUACAAAGUGAUCGACUACAUCCUUCAUGGGAAAGAGGACAUAAAAGUCAUACCGACCCCCCCAGCUGACCACUGGGCCCUGGUCAGUGGGUUACCCACUUAUGUAGCAGAAACUGGACUGAUCUGCAACAUCAUGAAUGCAGCUGAGGAUGAGUUUUUUAACUUCCAGUCUCUGACCCAGUUCCUGGGCUGGUCUGUGCUCAACACCGAUACUUACGACAAGAUGAACAAGCUGGAGAACAGGAAGGACAUCUUCCAGGACAUGGUUCUGUACCACGUCAAGUGUCGCAAAGAYGAAAUCCAGAACAUUCUGGACACCAGACAGAGGUGGGGGAAGGAGCCGGAAGAGUGUGAGGAGGAGGAACUCCAGGAGAUUCUGUCAGAGGUUCUGCCCAACUCCAAGAAAGCUGAGAUCUUUGAGUUUCACUUCUGCGACUUUGAGCACUCGGAGCUGGAUCUGGUGAAAUGUGGCAUCAAGAUGUACUACGAGCUGAAAGUGGUGGACAAGUUUCACAUUCCCAGAGAGGUCUUGGUCAGAUUCAUGUACUCUCUCAGUAAAGGCUACAGGAAGAUCACCUACCACAACUGGAGACACGGAUUCAACGUUGGACAGACCAUGUUCACCCUGCUGAUGACCGGUGACCUGAAGCGUUACUACACAGACCUGGAGUGCAUGGCCAUGGUGACCGCUGGCUUCUGCCACGAUAUCGACCACAGAGGAACCAACAACCUCUACCAGAUGAAGAAGAGAACCAUGUUCCAGAAGAUCGUGGACCAGUCCAAGACCUACGAGAACUGGAACGACUGGACCAAAUACAUGAUGCUUGAGACCACUCGCAAAGAGAUUGUCAUGGCCAUGAUGAUGACGGCCUGUGAUCUUUCUGCCAUCGCCAAACCCUGGGAGAUCCAGAGCAAGGUGGCACUUUCUGUGGCUGCAGAGUUCUGGGAGCAGGGAGACCUGGAGAGGACAGUUCUGGAGCAGCAGCCCAUUCCAAUGAUGGACCGGAACAAAGCAGACGAGCUGCCAAAACUCCAAUGUGGUUUCAUCGACUUUGUCUGCUCUUUUGUCUACAAGGAGUUCAGUCGUUUCCACGUAGAGAUCACUCCCAUGCUGGACCGCCUGCUGAACAACAGGAAGGAGUGGAACGCCCUGAAGGAGCAGCACGAAGCCAAAAUGGCCGCCAUCGAGGAAGCUAAGAAAGCCAAGGAGGAAGCAGCUCAGAAGGCUGCAGCAGCGAAACAAGCUGCCGGUGCGUCCCAGUCAAAGACUUGUGCUCUCAGUUAGAGAUCCUGCAGCAACACGGCCAUGCUGACUUCGUGCUCGGGCUCUUUUUCAUCUGUCCUGGCUGGGAUUUUUUUUUCAGCUCGCUCCUGAAAAAGAAUCCAUCCCGCUGAAAGGUCACUUCUCUUUCAAUAACCUGUCUCUGUCAGGCGCAAAUUGAAAUGUCACUUCUUGAAACUUCUUUUUGUCUUUCCYGCUUCUUUUUGUCUUUCCUGCUUCUUUUUGUCUUUMCAUGCCAUGUGGGAUGUUUUCUCUGCAGCUCAGCGGGGCGUUGUUCUGACUUCAGGUGUUUUAUGAGAAUCAAAAAAGGUCCAAUAUAUGACUCAGCUAAAGUGCUUUUGAUUUUAAAAUCCCACAUGUAGGGCAGGWGACAGACCCUGAAGUAAGGGUUUUGUCUUACAUUCACAGGUUUUUUUUUUUGUGACUUAAUUACAGAGCUGUAGUGACAUUUACAACAGGGCCGAUCAGGAAAAUAAAAAACGACAGUGUAAAAAUGUCACAAUGUUGGAAAAAAUCCYUAAACCAGAAUAAUUAAACCUAACUGUAUUUGUUUUAUUUGUUAUUAAGCUUUUAUCAUUGUUUCUCAGGUAAACUACCAAAUAACAUCCAGUAUUUAUCUGAACAAGUCCGAGGUUUGUUGUUUCUGCUGCUGCAGCAAAGCUUACAGAAUUACUUUCAGUCCUUCACAAUAAGAGUCUCAAACACUGACUGUUAACCUAAAAAAAACAUUUAAAUCUUGUGGAAAUAGCUUACAAUGUUGUCAGUCAAACAGCCUGGACCACCAGCAGUUUUGAGAGUUUGUUUCAAUGUUUGAGGCUUUUAUUGUGAAGGGUUGUGAGAAACGUUGCACAUAUUGAGUCAUUGGUUGUUACAGUUUGAUUCAGCUUCGCAGCAUUCUUUUCUUUUCUUUGUACAAUAAAAAAACCUUCUGACUCUU